GCUCACGGAGCUGCCCUACGAGGUCUACGUCGCCCAGCUCGCCGCCGGCGGCAACUACACGCUCGGCCUCACCAAGCGGGGGGAGUUGUGGAGCUGGGGCCGCUUCCAGGCGUCCAACUUCCCGCGCCUCUUCACCGACACCUGGUGCAACGGCUACGAGAUGAAGGGGGAGAUGGGGCUGAAGGGCCUCAAGCUGACGCAGGUGCGCGCGGGAGACCAGCACAUGGGCGUGCUGACCAAAGAGGGCAAGCUCUACACGUGGGGCUACAACGACUUUGGCCAGCUGGGCUUCGGCCUGCACGGCGAGGGGCGGGUCGGCCAGCAGAAGCCCACCCAGGUCCAAGGCCUGCUGGCGAACGAGGAAAUCAUCGACUUCGCUUGCGGAGGUGGGCACACCGCGUGCGUGACGAAGAGCUCCAGGGUCUUCGGAUGGGGCUCCAACACCAACGGCCAGCUGGGCCACGCGAUGAAGCAGUGCUUCCCCGAGCCGG